CAACAACAGCAGAAACAAGAACAACAACAACAACAACAACUGCAGAAACAACAACAGGAAAUGGGAAUUGUAACUUUAUGUACAACGUGACAAGUACCCCCUUGACAGUACAGUCCCCUAAUUACCCCAACAAUUACCCUAACCAUCAAGACUGUUCGUGGGUGUUGCAAGCCCCACCUGGAUCACAGGUGAUGGUUGAAUUCACUGUGUUGGAAAUGGAAUCUUGCUGUGAUUUUGUUGAGGUGUUUGAUUCUUAUGGCGGUCGUAAAAUGGCACAGUUAAAAAUGGGGUCUCUAGAACGAAAUAUUGUUUAUGUGUCAACAUCCGGUCAAAUUUAUGUUAGAUUUUUUUCGGAUUCGUCUAUUGCGAAAAAGGGAUUUACUGCUACUACACAACUCGCAAUGGAGAGUCUGGACCGAUCCUGUGGCGUCCGUAUACCAGUUACUUCUACACCAUCUGAGCUAGUAUCUACUAAUUACCCAGGAGACUACCCAGCCAACUAUAACUGUAGUUGGACACUGGUUGCGCCAGAAGGCCUCAGAGCGGGCAUUACGUUUUCCUUUAUUCAAAUGGAAAGUUGCUGUGAUUAUAUAUUGCUUGCUGACGGGGCAGAUCAACGCCAAAUUACAAGACUCAAUUUAGAAGAAAUAAAUGAAGCUCUGACUUUUGAAUCCACCACUUCUGAACUGACUGUAACACUUGUGACAGAUGAAACACAAAACAGACAAGGCUUUAUGGCCGCUAUAUUUUUAGUAUCAGAACAACGAUACCCCCGUACUGGUUCAUGCGGCCACACGUCAACUGCCACAGAAACCCCAAACUUUUUUCACUCCCCAAAUUACCCCCACGACUACAACCCCAACUCCGAUUGUCACUGGCUGCUGGUGGCAAGCGAGCGAUACAGAGAGCUACAACUCCGAGUGGUUGAUUUAAGAGUUGAAGAUUGCUGUGAUUUUAUAGAGGUACGAGAUGGCCGAAACCAGAAUGCUCCAGUUUUAGCUCGUUUAAACCGGCGACCAUCUAACCCUUUUACAUCUACGCAUGGCGCUCUAUAUCUACGCUUAGUCAGUGACUCUGGGAACCAUUACCGUGGCUUCAAUGCAACCUAUAUGCUUGAACCUUUGGACCGAAGAUGCGGUGUCACGAUACCUGCAACAGUUAGACCAUCCCAGUUAAAAUCGGAAAAUUACCCAGAAAAUUACGCCAAUGAUGUGACAUGCUCUUGGGUGCUAGUGGCCCCACAGGACCAGAAAGUUCAAUUAACUAUUACUGAUAUGGAAAUUGAGGCUUGCUGUGAUUAUUUAGAGUUAUUUGAUGGCGAAGACCAGCGAUUACUUCGUAAAAUAAGUUUUGACUUCAUUUCUGAGGAUCUCGUGUUUACUUCCUCAACUAAUAAACUAACUGUGAGGUUUUUCACUGACGCUAGCGUCACAAAAAGAGGGUUUAUGUCUCAUUUUCAAGCUGUGCAGACUUCAGCACUACCCGUGGAUUCUUGCGGCUCGACGGUGACCGUAGGGGACUUCUACGUUGAAUUUACGUCCCCAAACUACCCCAACAAUUACCCCCCCAACUCAGACUGCCAUUGGUUGCUUUUGUCACCUGACAGCAAUAGGCAGGUCACGCUUGAUUUGUCAGACGCUCGUUUUGAACCCUGCUGCGACUUUUUAGAGAUACGUGACGGCAGAAGUAUAGAAUCUCCUCUUCUAGUUCGUGUGGAAAACCAACUCCCAGACAGACGGCUAUAUAUGUCCACUGGAGGCGCUCUGUACCUACAUUUUUGGUCGGAUAGCAGCGGGGGGUAUAGGGGUUUCACGGCCGCUUAUAAAUUAGAAGAGCCAGAGUUAUUGCCAUACCCUGAGCUAUGUUAUUCCACAAAGCGUGCUUAUGCUAGUGGGAGAACGGCCAUCGAUGUAAAUGAAAUUAUGAGCUGUACUACACUUGGUGUAAAUGCCAGGUGCUUAAAAAUUUCUGCAACUGGAACAAUUAAUACAAUUGCGACAGCUGGCAUACCAGGUCACAUGGUGUUUGGUACAUGCAUUUCCAGUAUAGCGUGUACGAAUUCGUCAUGUAUGUUACUACAGUCUAUGCUACAACAAAUGAAUGCAACUUUUCAAUUUAACAUGACCUCUUGUAUAGUUUCUUGCUGUGGUAGCGAUCUAUGCAAUUCAGAAACUGCUCCAAUUCCAGUUACUACAACGCAAUUGACAACGACAACAACAACAGUCGUUACACCUGAUUCUAGUGGUUGCUACAAUUACAAUCUAGACGUUAUGUUUUUGCUCGAUGGUUCUGGUACAGUGAACACGACGGAGUUCGAAACAUCGUUACAAUUUAUUAAACAAGUUAUUGCUCCUUUUGAUUUACGAUUUACAAGAGUUGGGGUUAUGCAGUAUUCUCAUUGGUACAGAAGAAAACCCAUGACAGCUGCAGACCAACGCUUUCUACAAAUCCACAUCAGUGUGGGUGAACAUAGGACAAGCUCUCCAUUUGAGGUAAGAACUAGUUAUAACUUGACAUGGUUAUAA